AUGUCCUAUGCAGAAUUGUUUCCUGCGCUGCUAGCUAAAAAUCAUGUACAAACAAGGUCUCCACCACCUGUGCCAAAGGACCUUCCCUAUUGGUACAAGGCAGAUCAAUUUUGUGCUUACCAUCAAAGGGCACCAGGACAUAGCAUUGAAAAGUGUUUUGGUCUAAAGUCAGAUGUUCAGAGGCUCAUCAAGAGUGGUAUCCUUUCAUUUAAGGAUGUAAACCCCAAUGUUCAAGUUAAUCCUCUACCGCAACAUGAUUCAUCCUCAGUUAACAUGGUAUAUGGUUGCCCGGGAAGUUUCUGGAUCUACGAUGUACGGUUGGUGGGCGAGAACUUAGUAAAGAAACACACUAGAUAUAGCAAGAAUGGUUUUGUGCCUCCACAUAACUACGCCUCUUGUAGGGUUUGUUCUGGGAACUCUCAAGGAUGCCUAACUGUUGUAACAGAUCUCCAGGAUCAAAUGGACCAAGGUUACAUUGUAGACUACCGAGCCAGAGAUUAUAAUCAGGUCAAUAUGGUCAAUAGUGACAACAAAGUGAAUGUCAUAGUUCCUCAGUUCAACAAUUUCGAGCCUAUACAUAUUACUUAUGACAGUCGGAAGACUUUUGUGACUCCUCUGGUCAUUAACUUAUCGGGCCUAGUUCGCUACCAAUUUUAUAAAGUUGUGCCUUACAAGUACGAUGCUACAAUGACUGAGAAUGGAAAUGAUGUUCCUCUACCCUCCAUUGUUAACAUCGUUGAUGUAAGCAGGGUCACAAGGAGUGAGCGUAUAUUUGCAAAAAGGAUUGAGGAUGUCGCAGAAGGAAAGCAGGCUCAUGUUGAGAUCCUUUUUGAACCGGUUGACCAAUCUGAUAAAAUGAAUCCGAAAAGUGAUGACGAUGAGGUGUUGAAGCUCAUCAAGAAAAGUGAAUACAAUAUGGUGGAACAAUUACUGCAUACACCUUCCAAGAUAUCUGUGUUAUCUUUGUUGAUGAACUAUGAGGCUCACCGUGAAGCUUUGCAGAAAGUCUUAAAACAAGCCUAUGUAGACCAUGAUGUGACGGUCAGACGGUUUGAUGGUAUCGUCGCUAACAUCACGGCAUGCAACAACUUGAGUUUCAGUAAUGAAAAGCUCCCCGAAGAAGGAAGAAAUCAUAAUGUGGCACUAAAUAUCUCAAUCAACUGUAUGAAUGACUCUUUGUCAAGUGUGUUAGCGGAUAUAGGCUCGUCUCUCAAUGUCAUGCUGAAGUCGAAACUUUCCAGACUUUCUUUUCAAGGUGCUCCUAUGAGGAGUAGCGGGAUUAUUCUCAAAUCUUUUGAUGAAGCUACGUAUAGUUGUUUAUUGGGUCGGCCUUGGAUCCAUGAAGCUGGGGCAGUCACUUCCAUUCUGCAUCAUAAGCUUAAAUUUGUGAAGAAAGGGAAGCUAGUGACAGUCUAUGGGGAGAAAACACUGGUUGUGAGUCACUUAUCAUCUUUAUCUUAUCUUGAACCUAAAGAAGCUGUUGGAACUCAAUUCCAAGCCCUUACUUUGAUUGACAAAGAUGUCAAGAGAGGAGUAUCCAUCUCUUCAUUCAAGGAUGCACAACGACUAAUAAAUGAUGGUAUAACCGAUGGUUGGGGAACAUUUUUGGAUCUCCCAGAAAACAAACACCGAGAGGGUUUAGGCUUUUCUCCUACUUCCAAGAAGAUUGCAGAAGGAAGUAGAUUUGUUUGUUCAAUCAAAGAAACUUUCCAUAAUGAAGGGUUCAUCAAUCCCACUUUGCUAGAAGUUAGUGUCGUCACUAAGGAUGAUGAUUCAGCAUGGGAACCCUACUGCGACGAUCCUGAAUAUGAUAUUGAGGCAGAUGAUGCAUAUGUGCCUUUCUAUUUUCCUCAUCAUAGAAAACUUGAAUACAUCCCGGGGGUUGGACACCGAUAUUGUGGAGCAUCAUUUACCGUUGAGGCCAGAGUGCCCACCGAUCCAGAAAAAGUUAAGAAGAACUCGUCUAGACCUGGCGAUCAAAUCAAAGAGGAAGUGAAAAAGCAUAUUGAUGCAGGUUUCCUUGUCACAUCAGAGUAUCCGCAGUGGUUGGCCAACAUUGUGCCAGUUCCCAAGAAGGAUGGGAAGGUUCGCGUGUGCGUUGACUACAAAGAUCUAAACAAAGCCAGUCCUAAGGAUGACUUUCCUCUGCCACACAUUGACAUGUUGGUCGAUAGCACUGCCAAGUUCAAGGUCUUCUCUUUCAUGGAUGGAUUUUCCGGUUACAAUCAAAUCAAAAUGGCGUCCGAAGAUAUGGAAAAAACAACUUUUACUACAUCUUUGGCAUAUUUUGCUACAAAGUAA